AUGGCGACCGCCGGAGGUGGAUUGUUCUGGUCGCUGUAUGAAGGGAGCAUAUCUGGUUAUGACAACUGUGUUGAACGUCGACCUUAUCACCAUAAAUGUCGUUGUCCACUUCAUAGUAAAAACUCAUGCAUAAACUACAAUCACAAGCUUCCAAGGUGUAACAACACUUUUUCAUAUCCAAUGAAGAUGAAACGGACCAGUUUGGUCUUGACAACUGCUGUUGGAGAAGGAAGAGGAGGAAGAACCGAAUCAAAUGCUUUUUUAAUUGAUUCAAGGUUUGAUAAGAAUUAA